AUAUCGUAUAUACACAACGUGAUACACAAAGAAAAUUAUUCGAGAAGUAAUUCCUUGAUUAACUCGGUAAUAACAUCGCUGCUUUUUUAUCAUUUUUAGUUACAAAAUAACACGCGAACAUGGCACAUAAUAAGGAUUAUACCCGUCUCAGUAAAAAACUAUCGUAUUUGCUGCGUCACGGUGCCAUAAAAGAAGGAUUAUCGAUCAAGGCAGACGGAUUUGUACCGGUAGAUCAACUUUUAUCCAAAACUUUACACGGGUGUACCCUAGAAGAUAUAAAGAAAGUGGUAGAGACCAACGAUAAGAAAAGAUUCGUACUUAACGAGAAUAAUGGUACUUGGGAAAUUAAAGCUACUCAAGGUCAUUCUAUAAACGAAAUCGAUAAUUUGUCCUUAAAGCCGCUUGAUCAUGUUGAUUUUGAUAUAAUACACGGUACAUAUUAUAGAAAUUGGGAAAAUAUAAAAUUAAAAGGUUUAUCUUGCAUGAGAAGAAAUCAUAUUCAUUUUUCGAAAGGAUUAGAUUUCACAUGUGGAUUGAGGAAAAGUGCGGACGUUUAUAUUUACAUAGAUUUUGAAAAAGCAAAAAGAGACGGAUUGAAAUUUUUCGAAUCUGAAAAUGAAAUAAUCCUUUGCGCUGGUAAUGACAAAGGAAUUAUAGAAAAAAAAUAUUUUUUAAAAGUUUACUCAACGAAUGGAAAGAUAUUGAAUUUAUAUUAA